AUGCCAGGAAAAGGAAAUGCAGUUCUAAAAGGAGAUUGCAAGGGUAAAUGCCACCCGUCAACCAUUAACGAUAGUUUUGUGGAGACAAGGACACGUCAUUUCAAGGUUAAUGGAAAGCCGUUGUAUUUUAAUGGCUUUAACGCCUACUGGUUAAUGUGUAUGGCUUCUGAUCCAUCUACAAGGGUGAAGGUCACAGAUGCAUUUCAAGAAUCUUCCAAGAUAGGAAUGAACCUGGUUAGGACUUGGGCUUUUAGUGAUGGUGGCAACAAACCCCUGCAAACCUCUCCCGGUUUUUACAAUGAGGACAUGUUUAAGGGAUUGGAUUUUGUGAUAUCAGAAGCGAAAAAGUACGGGAUUCACUUGAUUCUCAGCUUGGUUAAUAACUGGGAUGAUUUUGGAGGUAAAAAACAAUAUGUUCAGUGGGCAAGGGAUCAUGGAGGACAAUACUUGAAUAGUGAUGAUGAGUUCUUUACUAACGUUCUAGUUAAAGGAUAUUAUAAGAAUCAUUUGAAGACCAUUCUUACGAGACGCAACUCAAUCACCGGGGUUGACUACAAGGAUGAUUCCACCAUCUUUGCAUGGGAGCUAAUGAACGAACCCCGCUGCCAGUCUGAUCUAUCAGGGAAAUUUCUACAGGAAUGGAUAGUAGAAAUGGCAGCUGAAAUAAAGUCCAUUGAUAAGAACCAUCUUCUCGAAAUCGGACUUGAAGGGUUUUAUGGGGAAUCAAUGCCUGAAAAGAAGCAAAACAAUCCGGGCUAUGAAGUAGGACCGACUUCAUUACAAACAACGGCGGUUCCGGGAGCUAGCGAUGAAGCUCGAGCUAAAUUUGUUGAAAAAUGGAUUAAUGCACAUAUAGAGGAUUGUGAUUCCAUCUUGAGAAAACCUUUACUAAUUGCAGAAUUUGGCAAGUCCUCUUGGUCUUCAGGUUACACCGUAGAAGCAAGGGAUGAGUACUUUGGUGGGAUAUUCAACACGGCCUAUGAAAGUGCAAGAAACCGGGGGUCGUGUUCGGGUACAACUUUUUGGCAAGUCAUGGCAGAAGGAAUGGAUAACUGGGGUGACGGAUACCAAGUUGUCUUGGACCAAAACCCCUCCACUGCUGCAAUAAUUGCCAAACAGUCUCAAAGAAUUUCAUCACUCAACUCUUCAACCAACCUAGAGUUCUCUCCCGUUGCUGUUGAAAAAUAA